ACUGUCUCCUUCAAACCCUGAACCAGAAUUUUCUUUUAUAAAUGAACACAUCUAACCUUCAUUCGUUCCUACAUCUCUUCUCUCUCUCUUCAUUUCUUAAAACAUCAAAAAGAAAUAUGAGUUUAACAUUACAUUCUUCAACUUCUUUCAUCAAUAUAAAGGACACCAAAAGCGUCAAAACACCAGAUGACUUCUCAGGCACAAUUUGCUUUGCACAAAUCAAGCCAUCAUGCCGUCUUGGAGCAAAGAAUUCAAUGCAAGAAGCACAGCUCUCACAAGAUAACAUCUUUACAAUGGAAGGCAGGAGAAGUGACAAUAGGGAGAAACUACAUGCAAUGUCUAAUUCUCAAAGUAGCAACGACUCCAAGGUUCCAGUGUUUGUGAUGCUGCCGCUUGACACAGUAACCCUAGGGGGAAAUUUAAAUAAGCCACGAGCAAUGAACGCUAGCUUGAUGGCCUUGAAGAGUGCAGGAGUGGAAGGAGUGAUGGUUGAUGCUUGGUGGGGAUUGGUGGAGAAAGAUGGACCUCGAAAGUAUAACUGGGAAGGUUAUGCUGAUCUUGUGCACAUGGUGCAAAAGCAUGGUCUGAAACUUCAAGUUGUUAUGUCCUUCCAUCAAUGCGGAGGAAAUGUUGGAGACUCAUGCAGCAUCCCCCUUCCUCCAUGGGUGCUUGAAGAAAUCAGCAAAAAUCCUGAUCUCGUCUACACAGAUAGAUCAGGUCGGAGGAAUCCUGAAUACAUCUCAUUGGGAUGUGACUCAUUACCAGUGCUAAGAGGAAGAACACCCAUACAGGUUUACACUGAUUAUAUGAGGAGCUUCUGCAACAGAUUCAGAGAUUAUCUAGGAGAAGUUGUUGUGGAAAUUCAAGUGGGCAUGGGUCCUUGUGGAGAGCUGAGAUACCCAGCUUAUCCAGAAAGCAAUGGGACAUGGAAGUUUCCUGGAAUUGGAGAAUUCCAAUGUUAUGACAAGUAUAUGAAAGCUUCAUUGGAAGCAUCAGCCGAAGCGAUUGGAAACAAAGACUGGGGACGAGGUGGACCACAUGAUGCUGGCCACUAUAAGCAAUUUCCUGAAGAAACUGGAUUUUUCCGAAGAGAUGGAACAUGGAAAACUGAAUAUGGACAGUUCUUCUUAGAAUGGUACUCAGGCAAGCUACUUGACCAUGGUGACAGAAUCCUAGCAGCUGCAAAAGGAAUAUUUCAAGGAACUGGAGCAAAGCUAUCUGGAAAAGUAGCCGGAAUUCAUUGGCAUUACAGAACAAGAUCACAUGCACCUGAACUCACAGCAGGAUACUACAAUACUAGACACCAUGAUGGCUACCUAACAGUGGCACAAAUGUUCAGCAAACAUGGAGUUGUAUUCAAUUUCACCUGCAUGGAAAUGCGAGAUGGGGAACAACCGGGACAUGCAAAUAGCUCACCUGAAGGAUUAGUACGGCAAGUCAAGAUGGCCACAAGAUCUGCGGGAGUUGAACUGGCUGGAGAGAAUGCACUGGAGAGGUAUGAUGCAGCUGGAUAUGCACAAGUUUUGGCAACAAGCAGAUCAGAAUCUGGCAAUGGAUUGACAGCAUUUACAUAUUUAAGAAUGAACAAGAAGUUGUUUGAAGGGGAUCAUUGGCAGCACCUUGUGGAGUUUGUAAAAAGCAUGUCAGAACAUGGUCAAAACAAAAGACUACCGGAGUGUGACUCAGAAGGAACCAACCUUUAUAUUGGCUUUAUCAAAGACAAGAAUGCCAUAAGGACUAAGGAAGUUGCCCUUUUGUAACAAUCUAAUACAUGUUAAUGCAUAUUGAUGCACACCUCAGUGUAUCAUAGGCAAGGAUGGAGUAUAACUAGAGAAAAAAUUGUCAUACAUAUACACCAUAAGUUUGGCAUGAUAUGCCAUACUCUGCAUCAUUGAGACUUGAAAAUAAGAAUAAAUGUAUGCGCUUAUAAUUA